GGAAUGGAUAUCUGCACUUUCUUCUACAGGCAACACAGUAAUCAUUUUUGAAAAUUGUAAUUUCACGUGCAAUGGAGGAGAAGAACUAUAAAGUUUUUGUUGCUGCUAUUGCUUUAGUUCUGUCCAUUUUGAGGGUCCAGAGUGUGGAGGAGGUGAAGAAACUGCCAUCCUGCAAUUUCAAAGCAAUAUACAACUUCGGGGAUUCAAACUCAGACACUGGUAGUGGCUUUGCAGCAUUUUAUCCUGCAGGGCCUCCUUGUGGGGAGACUUACUUCCACAGGCCAUCAGGGAGAGGUUCUGACGGGCGUCUCAUAAUAGAUUUCAUUGCUGAACAUCUUGGAUUGCCGUACCUGAGUGGUUACUUGGAUUCCAUUGGGACAAACUUCCGGCAUGGUGCUAAUUUUGCCACCGGGGGAGCAACCAUUAGGCCACAGAAUGAAGCCUAUUCUUCUACUGGAGUAAGUCCAUUUUCCCUUGAUAUCCAGGUUGUGCAGUUUGAUCAAUUCAAGGCACGAAGCAGCUACUUCUACAAUCAAGCAGCAAAGUGGAGGAGAAAUCUUCCUAGACCAGAGGACUUCUCCAGUGCUCUCUAUGUGUUUGAUAUUGGCAUGAAUGACAUUGCAGCUGGUUUUAGGAAGAUGAAUGACACAGAGCGGCGUGAAUCGAUCCCUGACAUAGUUGACCAGCUAGCUAAAGCAGUUCAGCAUCUCUAUGAAGGAGGAGCCAGAACAUUUUGGAUACACAAUACAGGUCCAUAUGGGUGCUUGGCUAUAACCCUUCGCUAUCAUCUUGAUCCCAGCGAAGUCGACAAGCAGGGCUGUGUCAAAGUUCAGAAUGACAUGGCUAUAGAGUUCAACAGGCAGCUCAAGAAAAAAGUGAUCAAACUGAGGACAGAACUGGCAAAUGCUUCAGUAACAUAUGUGGAUAUUUAUUCUGCAAAGUAUCAAAUGAUUGGAAAUGCAAAACAAGAAGGAUUUGUUGAUGCAAAAGGAAUUUGCUGUGGGUUUCAUGAGGAUGACAUCCAUGUGUAUUGUGGGCACAAAGAGAACCUAAAUGGAACUGAGAUAUAUGCCGGUUCUUGUAAAGAUCCUUCAAAGUAUAUUAGCUGGGAUGGAGUGCACUAUUCUGAGGCUGCCAACCAUUGGGUUGCUACUAGGAUACUCAAUGGUUCAUUCAACGAUCCACCUCUCCCAAUCACACACGCAUGUCGUGCCUCGUUUUGACUCUCGAGGGAAACUUCUUUACUUGUUUGAUAAUGACACAUAACAAGUGAAAUAAUGGUGUAAAUGCUUAAGCAAGGUUACCCCAAUUGUUAUAAUCAAUAAAUCUUCUUUUU